UGAGUGUGUAUGUCGGUGUGUGAGAAUGUAUCUAUAUGACAGAAAGUGUGUGAGCGUGAGACAGUGAGCGCGUGUGCCGCCGGUCAACAGGUAAGACCGUGAUAGGAGCGCGUGACGAACCCGGGCGCGUCGGAGCGAGUCGGAGCGGGUGGGUCUGUGUCACGCCGGACGGAGUCGGUCUGUCUGAAUAAACCUGGAGACGGCGGAGCGGGUCAGUCUGUGUAACGCCGGGCGGAGCGGGCUGCUCUCUGUAACGCCGGACUGUGGCGUACCGGGGAAUGCUCUGCUUAUUUUGCUGCUAUGGACCGGGGAGAUUGAAUGCGCUCCGGGGCCGGGUGAUGCGCGCAGCAAAGCUGUGAGGAAUGGUACGUUUCCUGGGUCUGCUUCGGAUGCCGAGCUGCGGGGAUUAAGCAGCCUGCGAGGUGUCACUUACACGCUCCCCAUCUCCCCAGCCGGUUGCACCGCUUUGUCUUGUGAGAUUUGUAGGAAGGGCCAACCUCCUCCAUUUGGCAGCCAGAACACGAUUGGCGGCUUUUAGGCCCUCCCUUGGUGAACAGAGACAGACGGAUGAGAGGUUGAGGGCUGCGGACAUGAUAGCAGGAAGGACGUGGAUGGUCUGGCUGGCCGCGGCUGCCACACUCCUGGAAUACACCCAUGAUACAGAGGCCAUGGUUCAUGCUAGGGUGGGUGGGGCAGCAGACCUCACAUGCAACUUUGGAGCCCCCAGUUUGACCAGCGAUGCUUCCUCUGGCCUGAGCCCACCCCCUGUAGGCCCCACCUCGUUGCACGUGGUGGAAUGGCUCCGGCAGGGAUACAAUGUUCCUAUACUCAUCAAAUUCGGGGUCCACGCGCCCCGUGUGCACCCCGACUAUGAGGGACGUGCCUCCCUGACCCAUUUGAACUCCCUGAGGGUGGACCAUCUUCACCUACAGGAUGAGGGCUGGUAUGAGUGCCGAAUCCUGCAGCUGGACAGGCUUGCAGAGGACUCUCGCAAUGGCUCCUGGAUCUUCCUGUCUGUUGCAGCUCCGCCCGUGUUCAUCAAGACUCCACCCCCCUCCCUGGAGGUCCUGCAGGGCGAUUUGCUGUCCCUCACUUGCAGCGGCCAUGGCAACCCCACCCCAGCUGUCACCUGGAGGAAAAGCCACACGGCGGCUGAUGGAAGCACAGCACAGGAAGUGCCUUUAAACGUGUCCAACGGAACCUUGUCUUUCGGGGCUGUGUCCCGGGCCAUGGCCGCUGAGUACACUUGCAUUCUGGCCAACAGCGAGGGCCGACUGAGCCACUCCACACAGCUGAGGGUCAAAGGUCCCCCGGUCAUCAUCACUCCUCCUGAGGAUACGGCUCUUAACAUGUCCCAGGAUGCACUGCUGCAGUGCCAAGCAGAGGCCGACCCCCCCAACAUGACCUAUGUUUGGUUGAAGCAGGAUGUGAACGUCUACCACGUUGACUCUCUCAAGUCACGCGUGAAGAUCUUGGUGGACGGAACCCUCCUAAUACACAACCUCCUACCAGAGGAUGCAGGGAACUACACCUGCAUGCCGACCAAUGGACUGCUGACAGCACCCACUGCUUCUGCCUACCUCACUGUGAAGCAUCCUGCACAGGCACUGCGGAUGCCCAGGGAGACCUACCUCCCCACCGGAAUGGGGGGGCGCAUUCCCUGCCCUGUGCGAGCUGAACCCCCACUGCUGUAUGUGAUCUGGACUAAGGACGGGGAGCCCCUGGACUUGGAGUUGUUCCCUGGUUGGACACUGGACUCCGAGGGCGCUGUCCUGAUUGCUGCAGCCAAUGACAAUGCACUGGGGGUGUAUGCAUGUACCCCCUAUAACAGCUACGGGACGAUGGGCCAAUCGGAUCCCACCACCACAGUCCUGCAGGACCCCCCUACGUUCUCAGUCAGCCCCCUGGAGGAGUACAGACAGGAGGUUGGCAGAGAGCUGGUCAUUCCCUGCCAGGCAGACGGAGACCAAUACGUGAAUAUAACCUGGAGGAAGGUGGGAUCCAGCCCCCGCUCCCCAUAUAUUGUGGCAACCAACAGCUCCCUGGUGCUGCGACCACUCAGCAAGGACCACCAGGGGGUGUGGGAGUGCAGUGCUGCUAAUCGUGUGGCUGCUGUUACCACGGUGACAGAGGUGCUCGUGCUGGGCACCAGUCCACAUGCUGUAAGCUCCGUGUCCGUCGUUCCUGGGACUGAUCGAGCCAACGUGUCCUGGGAGCCUGGCUUUGACGGCGGCUUCGUCCAGAAGUUCACUGUUUGGCUGAAGAAGGGCUCCACAGGGAGGCAGGAGUGGACGUCCCUACCCGCUUCCCCAUUCACCUCCAGCUUGUUGGUCUUGGGGCUUCUGCCUGGCACCAGCUACCAGUUCAGCGUGCUGCCUCAGAACCAGAUGGGAACAGGACCGUUCAGCGAGAUUAUCACCGUCAGAACUCUGGUCCCAAUUGCAGAUCCUCCCUUAGUGCGGGCUAAAAUUCCAAGCUUAUCACCACCGACAUCACUUGUAGCCAAUCGGAGCUCAUUGGGGCUUGUCCUACAAUGGUCACCGCCAAUUCCCCAGUAUCCACCAAUCAGCAGCUUUGUCCUUCAAGCCCGGCACGAUGAAGGGGAUUGGCUAGUUCUGGAAAGGGAUAUCAGCCCCAAUGCAAGCGAGUUGCUGGUGCAAGGAUUGCUUAAGGACUGCAACUAUGAGCUCAGGAUGUUUUCUCGCCAAGAUGAGCUGGUGGGGGAGCCCAGCGUGUCAGUCAACAUCUCCACCAGGGGAAUGGAGGCAUACCCAGCAGAACACGAGGUCCGCGACCUCGUCCCAGAGCCACUCUUAGCUGGUGUUGCUGGUGGUGUGGUUUUCCUUUGUGUGGCUAUUCUCUUCUCCCUGGGGAUGGCUUGUGCAGUGAGAACCAGGAGGAAAAGGCGGAGGAGGAAGAGGCGCGAAGAUCUUCAGAUAGCCCUGCACAAGAGUCAGCUCGCUGAGAGUAGUUUGUCCCGGCAAAGUCCAGAUAGCAUCCUGAAGAUGAAGAUGUCCCCAGGCAUUGUCUCCCAUCCAGGUUCUUCGCCAUCCCAGUCUCACUGCUUUUCUUUCGACAAGAUCACUUGUGAAUUCCAAGACCACAGGCAGGACCAGCGCCUGCUCUCCAGCCCUCCACCUCGCUAUACCUUCCCGCAAAGCCCCCCAGCUGGAUUGUGUUCCUCCACUACCCUGGAGUCCAUCUCCAGAGGUCCAGAUGGCCGAUUUGUUCUCCAUCCCUUAGAAAAUAGCCCCCCCAACACACCUGAGGAUAAGCAGGAUCUGAGGGCAGACUUCACACAAAGCUCUGAUGCAGGCAGUAGCCAUGCAUCUCAGCUAGAUUCUCUAAAGUCAGAUUCCCCACGGUCGGAGAAGGAGCAAAGGAAAAGGACAUCUCCCAUUUUCACUGUGGAUUUGCCUGUGCCAGUGGGUCGAGUGCGAGGCUUAGCCAGGAACUUCUCUGAACAUGCACGCUUAUACCAAGACCAUAAGCAAGGUUUGACUGAGGGAUUGCUGGAGCAGUCACACUCCGAGGGCAAAGAGGACCGCGUUCGGGAUUAUGUGGAGCAUCUUCGGGAGGUCGUCCCGGACCUGAGCAGACUGGAGAAGGACCCUGUGUACCUACCUCUGGAAAGAGAUGGUCGACUCACCGCCACGAGCACUCUGGUGAUGCAGAUGGAGCAUGAACGAGAAAGGGGAAACCUUGCCAAAUGUCUGAAACUGGCACGUGAGAGGGAGGAGCUGGAACGUGAGCUGGAGCAAUACACAAGCAGCCUGAGGGUCCGAGCCUGGCAGAGUGACUCACCGGACCAGCAGCCAAUAUGGAAACGACGUAAUGCCACCCUCCCUCGCAAGAGUAAGCCUGCCUUUCAUCUGGGAAGCACAUACAACACCCUGGGAAAGAAGGUGUCUUCUGCAUACCUGCUGCAAGAUGUUACUCCCCUUACCUCAUUCACCAGUCUGGGUCCUGUCCAGAGCUCGAUGGAGCAAGCCAGACCUUUUAAGCAGCUGCUAAGGACACAACCACAAGGGGAUGACACUGAUUGGGAGGACUUAUCUCAGUCCUCCUUUUCUAAGCGGACCUCUCCCUCCCACCGCUUACCUAUUUGCGAUACUGCUGUCCUUCUGCCUGAGUACUUCAGCAGCAGACAGAGGUGUCCAAAUGAAAACUAUAGCUAUGGGUGGAAGGAAGAAGCUGAACACUGUGAUGAUAGUGCCAAUACAGGCACCCAGCCUGCUGAGCUAGGACCAAUUCAUAGUUCCCAGCAAUCAAACUUUAAACCAAAGUCUACCACAGACAGAUUUAACAUGGACAAAGAAUCGGACUCAGAUCCACUGUGGAAUCAGUUGAGCCUUUACCCAGAGCCUUCCCCUCCUAAGUCAAUUCUGGAAUACCUGAACCUCCCAGGGUUUGUAGAGAUGAGUGUUGAUGAACCAGUAGCAGAAUCUGACACUGCCACCUCCAAAAACUGCUGUCCUUCCUUGGACCAGGAACGUUGGACAUCCCUGCAAGGUGAUCCAGAUGUGGUUCCGAAGGACUGGAGUACUCAUACACAGGACAGUCCUAUUAGAGUCACAGAGCAAAUAGCGGAUAUUUUACCAAGUGGAACUUCUCAAAUUUCCAAAAUUCAGGGUAAUGAGUUACCCUCCAGGAUAUGCAUAUCACCAGUGUCAUUUUUGAAGGAAUCAGUAAUAUUAGAUCAGUUUGGUCCCGAGAAAUGUUCAUCGAAAAAAUCUGCCUCUCAAGAAUUUCUAGACCCCAAUGCUUGGAUUGACUCUUUGAGUCAGAGCCAAGCUUGUGCAACUCCAUUCUCCUCCAGGUCAGUCACUGAUUUGCACAGGCAGCCAGAAUAUUCCGCAUCCACAGACCAACAAUCAUCAAACCACAGUCAACAGGCCACCCUUUUCCCUGAUGCUUCCAAGUGGCCCACAUCUUACCAGGAGGCUCUGACAUCUGUGCACCACAAGCUGGCCCCACUCAGAUCUUCAGUCUCCCUCGGCUCCUCCAGGCUAAGCACAGAGAUGAGCCGACUGAGACCUCGAGAUGCUGCAGUGAAGCCAGCAAAAGCUUUUCUGCCCACGGCGUACAGCUUCCCAUCACGGGGGCAGGUCUUCUUCCAUCAAGGAGACUCUGAAAGUGAAGAGGAGGUGCGGGAGCAGGGGAUGGAGCUGGAGAUCGAGAUUGGGGACCGCAAAGAGGACAAGGAAGAACGGGAUAGCUUUGCCAGUCAGAGCAGUGGUAGGGGCAGCCUGGGGCCCCAAAGCACCCAACCUGUCUCCCCAACGCCAAACCAACCUGGCUGUGUCGAUAUGCCUGGACAGGGAAAAGGGCUUUUGGAGCAACUGAGCCUGCAGGCUAAGAGCAGAGGGAGAAGGACUUCAGGAGAUGAAAGCUAUGAGUGGGACUCAACUGACUCCUGUCCAGAAUCCAUCAUCAAGAAGACAACAGGGCUUAGCUACAUGAAGGACAGCAUGGCAGAUGGACGGGAGCCGAAGAUGACCACCCGCCCUCAUGCCACUAUGGACACCCAGAGCAAACUAAGCAGUCGUGCGGGAUCCCAUGGCCCUGAAGAACAUGCAGACUACCACACCCUCCGGCGAGUCACGCGGCGGCAAAACUCCUUUCCAGUGCAGAAUGAGCCCAGCACUGCAUCUUUUUGAGCACUGUGAUUUCCUGGACAGUCUUAAUUGACCCCCUUCCUGCACAACACCCUUUGCUCACUCAUUUCUUGGUCCGUUUCCACAUAAUCCCAAAUCUCCAAGUUGACUGUAAGUUUUAUAUACUUCCGUUGUUUCAAAACAGGGAACAAGUGGGCCCUGUGACAACUGACUCAUCUGAUGGCAGAAUUUAACGUCACCAGGUGGGGGCUUGACGUGAUAGAGCCUCAGGGGACUGACUGAAUAGCUGUGCUAGAGAAGAGAGUGGAGUUAAGAUCAGGGCUUCUGAGCCAUGGCAUGUGCUGAAGCUCUGCGGUUAACCCAACAGUACGGCACACACUGAUUUGGGACCCAUGUCCAGGGUUCAAGUCUUAGCCCUGGCUCUGUGUGUUAAGCUUGCAUGUUCUCCCUGUGUCACCAUGGAGCUUCCUCGCAGUUCUCCAGUUCCUCCCCCCAUAGUCCAAAGACACGCUAAAGUGAAUUAGAGUUACCAAUUUGAGUGUGUGUAUGCAUGUUGGCACCCCAUGCUGGCUUAAUCCCUGCCUUGCACCAGUAGCUUACAGGAUAGGCUGUACGACCCUGAAUAAGACAAGCAGGGAUGGAAAAUGGGGAGGGCUUUUGCCAGGGGCUGUUGAUCAGCACCACAUAAGCUGGGAGUUCUCUGUCCUGUAAAAGCACCCAGUCAUUAGCUUCCUUCCUGUUUUUCUCCAUUCCUAUAUCCAUGUUUUUGUGCCUUGAAAAGCCCACAUAGUUCAACACAUAGCCUGUUAUGACAGACUGAUUUUGGUCAUCGCAAGCGCUGACAUAAACUCCAGAUUAAUGUUUUACCACAAUUCCCUUAAAUUUUAAUAUAUACUAUGGUAGAUGGUAAUGGAUAAUGUCACAUGUACUCGAUUAUAGAUGGUUCCUUUGUCCUUCUUCACUUCUUAUUAACACUGCCACAAGGCACAGAGGUGUAAGCCCGUCAGCCUGUGCUAUGAAGGGCAAUAAACGGGAAGAGAGUGACCUUCAAGCUGAGAGCUAAAUUGUUUUAUUGCAUGUUUGGAAGUAAUAUAACCAUCAGUGAUGGUGUGCUGGCUACAUGAGGGUAGGCUAAUUGGGUGUCCCAAAACUGACCAGAGUCCAGAGGAUCUGGCUGCAGAACUCUAGGCGACCUUCACUAGAGUUACCUUAACUGUGGGGCCAUGCAUCACUGACCUCCACAACUGGACAUGACAUUAUGGCAACUUCAGGCAUGGGGAUGGUACCUCCACUCUGAGGCUCGAAAUCACAUGACCUCCACCAUAGUGUUGGAUAUGGCUCUUAAAAUAUGUAUUUGCAAUUUUGGUAAUAUUACUGCAACACCAGGAAUGGAUGUUAUUCAUCUCAUUUAAAUCUGUGGGAACAGAUGUCAAUCUAUUUUAAAUUUGGCAAUUUGGUGUGAAAUGUUCACCUCUAUGUAGCUUCAGGUGCCAUCUAUCCACAUGUCCAGCCUUUUGAGUUCUCUUCAGUGGCGUCAUGUCCAGGCCAGGUGUGGAGGUCAUGUGAUUUCCAGCCCCACAGUGGAGGCCUGCCUAAUGCAGGCCUGCCCAGUAUUCUGCAGCCAGACUCUUCUCCAUAGGAUGCGCAGUAGGUGUCCUGUGAUGCACUGGCAGGAUGUACGCCCAGCCUCAUGCCCUGCGGAGCCUGUGACAGGAUGCAGCUCCCAUCACCCAUGGCUGAAGCAGCUAGAAAAGUUAAAUAAUGAUUUACAAGAUGUAUGAUUCCAGAUCUGUUAAGGCAAUACAUAAUUGUAAAAUGCAAUACCUUGGAGUGAGACAGAGCUUGAGUGCUGCUGUUUGUGCUGAAUGAAUGCUGCUUCUGACAAGGUCUCUAUGUGAGAUUGUGGGACCAAAGGCACUUGAAAAGGGGGGUUUCGCACAAACCUGGGUCAGCCACACAAGCUGGAUGUCCACCACCUUUGUUCUCUGUCCACUUUCAUGAAGCACAGAGUAUUUUUUAUUUUUAUUUUUUGGACAUGCCACGGCAUUUAAGAAGCAACACCAGGAGGUGGGUGAGGUGAGGAAGCUCUCGUCUGCUGCUCCCAGCCCUGAAGCAUGAAGGACUAAACUGUGCUCUGAGGCGUGUUCUCGCCGCUUCACUUGCCGAUGGCGGUGAUGGGAGCUAAGAGACAGGUGGUACACACGACCAAAGAACUCGGAAGAAAAUGGAGCAGAACUACAGGAGGUCCCACUUCUGAAGACCGUCCGUCCAACUUUAAGCAGCAACACGACCGUGUUCACGUGUUUCUUAACAAUGUAAUGAAUAAACGUCAAUGUUUUGCACUGCUGUUCUGAUUUAGAAUCGUGAUUUUACUGUAUCUUGUGUAGCUAAGCUAAUGUUUCCCAACCCGGUCCUCAGAGACCCACAGACGGUCCAUGUUUUUGCUCCGCCCAGCUCCCUGCCAGAUAGUCCUCAAGCAUGGAUUAUCUAUGGGUUCCUGAGGACUGGACUGGAAAUCACGGGCUUAAGCAGUUUAAUGAGGGAGGUGCUAGACCACACCAACCUGAAACGUAACAACUGCCUGUGUUGUUUACAUGUAGCUUUGAGGUCCGUCCAAGGAAACUGCGUCUGUUUCUUUUAUAAUGAUUUAUUCUGUCCUUUUGUAAAACAUUCAGAUUUGUAUUUUGUCGAAUUUGUAUUUAAAUGUGAUUGUCUGUUUUAUGAAACUUUUAUAAAAGAACAUGUAAAACAUUGCUAGGAUGGAUUUUAAAAAACAUCUUACAUUUGUGACAGUGACAGUUUGAUACAGAACCCAGCUUUGUUUUAGACAAACAUUCAUUUUGUACAAACUGGGAAAACAUGCUGUUGUGGCACGCUCGUGAUUUCCAAGACACUGAAAUAAACUCGAUGUUAUGAUACAAAUGUGGCAAA